GAUUUAUGAAAAAAGUGCAAUUUUUCGCGAUAAAAAGUUUUUGAUGCGUUGUUUCGGCUUUGUAGUAUAGUUUAGAGGUGAUUUUUGAUUUUUGGAUGCACAGUAAGUGCAUCAAGACAAAAACAAACUUUACAAGUGACUUACUUAUCUAAGAGAGAAAAUGACGAUUUUUUGACUGUGUUCAUCAGUGUAUUUUGACUUUUUGUUGAUAUGUGUAAAAUUAAGUAAAAUAAAGACAUGCUAGUGGUUAUAUUGUGCUGCAUGAUGAAAAUUGUGGAAUUUACGACGGGAAAGCCCGUCUCCAAUCAGAAGCCUAGAAGGAAAUGUAGAAGGAAACGUGCUAAAAAAGGUAGAGGUAUGUCCGAGUUGGGAGUGGGUAUCCGGGCCAGUCCGGACUCGGAUUGUAACAGUAAUCAUCCCGGAUCGGCCAGUUACCUUAGCAACACAUCCUCACAGGACAUCGACUUCAUACAGGACAACUCCGACUACCAAUGGUUCAUAGAUUAUGGUUACAGAGAUGGAGGUAUCAACCACCACACGAGCAUUCUGUCUCUCCCAGAAUCGUACGAGGCCGGGGAUCUCAACUACUACGAUGCCAUCGCAAAAAACAUGGACGCCAAUCUGGCGGAAGCGGACAUGGAGUCUUUUCGCACGGAGGACAUCCAUGCGUUACUCACCAACUUACCGCCCAUGUGCACCGACCAUCUGAGCCAAGAGAACCAUCGUCAAGGAGAAUGCUACGCGUCAGUAUCAGGCUCCAUGAUGGGCAAAUUCGAUCUGGACAGCUCCAUAAGCCCACACAGCAGCUCCCAAGGCGAGGAUUCCACGUCGAUGUCCAUAUGCAAGUCCGAAUUGCUCUUCAGUCCAGUAAAAGAGACUCCCAUGCCUGGAGCCAACUUCAGCGUGGACUCCCUGGACUGCGACAUGAUGUUAACGUGUCAAGCCAAUAAGGACAACUAUACCAUUGCGUUCGAAGGCAGCAUGACCAUGUUUUCGGAGGAAAAUGAUUUUAAUGCUGCAGACAAAACCAAUCAUCAUACAGCCAGUAGCCAUUGGCCAACGGACUGUCUAAGAAUAUCGCAAGCGAAAAACCUAAAAAAUCUUGAUGCCUCAAUGACGAAAUCCGAUUCGAGCAGCUUCACCACCUGGAGCAACCUGAAGAAGAGGUCCAGCGAUAAUCACUUGAGGAGAUUGCCCUCUGGGAACAACAAUAAUUCUGGCGAUGACGCAAGUAGAUUGGGGCUCAACGAUAUGGGCACUUUGAAGAGUCAAAGUAUGCCCAAUUUGUAUAAGCAGAGGAUUAUGAGGAGCAUGGUGCAAAGUGGACAUGUUAAGAGUAAUAGUAAUAAUAGUUCGACCGACACAUGCACGGUAAAACGCAAACCGGUCAAAGUGUUCGACAUCCAGCACCACCUGUCGAGCGAAAACUCCUCGCUGUCGGAAAUGGCGACCUCGGUGGACGCGACCACCUCGGAAAACUCCUCCACGAAACCGCACAACUUCAACCUGGUCAAGCUGUUCAUGAAGCAGAAAAGCAUCAGCACCGAAGGCAUGUCGACGACGCUCGACCAGCUGAGCAGCACGGAGAACUGGCCGGCCAGCCAAUCCGGAGAGAGCAGCGCGUCGGAGAAGGCGCUGGAGAAGUACGACCUGAUCGAGGAGGAGCCGGAGAACGAGGAGAUUUUGUUGAAGAACGCCUCCAAAAUGAACAUAAACAACGUUAACGGUUACAGUUCGCCGCUGAAGUUGCAUAGAGCGACGCAGGAGUUGAUGAACAGGAGUAUACAGACGUCGCACUUCUCGGAGAUUGCCAACUUGAAGAAAAACGCGGCGCCGAAGUCUGAAAUUAAAGUUAUAGAAGCGUCGUUCUUGAAGAAGCUAAAAAAGGAGGGCGAAGUCGAGAAACCUGUUUACGUGUUGUACCCGAACUACGUGCUGCCGAAUUUGGACUUCCUAAACGAAAAACGCGGUGAAGAUAUAUCGAAGGUCCUGUUGGUGCCACAACGUGCUCCGAAACUAUCUACGUCCAACAAAAGACCUUUUAGUUGCAACGAUUUGGAAGCGUUGAAACGCCGCGGUUUCAAUCACGUGAAAGAUUGGGACUCGUUGAACAUCCUGCUGCCUCAAGAGUGCAAAAAAAUUCUCUCGGAAGUACCGGAGAUAUCGGAACAUAUCAAGGUCACCCACAAAGACCCCUCUUUCGUGCGGCAGAAGUAUCGGCAGAGGCCUCAAAGCUGCGAUUUGAGUUCUACGAGCAGCAGCAACUCAACUCAACCGAGUUCGGGUUACAGGGGUUCCUCAACGAUACUCAGCGAUUCUCAAAGUUCGCCUGCUACGACCAACUUGAACCCCCUUUUCGUGUACAGAUACGACAGCGUGACCAGUUCCGAAGCAAGCUUGAUGACUAGCGACAGAAUUACAAUGGCGACUCCUCCAAUUCCUGUGAGGUGCGUGAGUUUGCCUCAAGGUGAAAAAACGCCGCCCAGACCCCCUUUGCCGAGGAGUAUACUGAGGAAAGGCGACGUCACCAAGAGGUACAGCAUGUACGAAACCAGCGAGGAAGAAAACAACGUUGAGGAUGCAACGUAUAAAAGAAAAUCCCUGCAGGAACCGUACUACCUAAGAAACAAGCGCUUCUCGGAAACAGAAGAUGAAGGGGUCGAUGCGGGUACUUCCAGCUCCUCCAUAGAGGAAAACAACCACGACAACCCCCACAGAGCCGACCUCCUGCUCUCGAACAUCUCCAACGAGGAGCUGGCGCAAUUUGAAGAGUUCCUCAAGAUCUCGGGGAUUUCCGGCUCGGAGCACGAGUCUCACACGGAGGAGAGUUUGAUGCAGUUGCGGUCGUACGUGGGCAAGUUUCUGUCGUUGAAGAUCAACCAGGAGGGGUCGGAUCACUUCGGGGGGAAGAAGUCCGUCAGUUUCGCCGAGAAGGUUAACGUGCUGCCCAAGCAUUUGGAGGCCAGGCAGUUCGUGCCGCCGAACAAUUCGCCCAAUGUUAGCGCCUUCUUGCAUCAGAAGAACUAUCAUACCAAAAACUUAACAGACAUGCCGAUCUGCGAGGAGAGCGAAAACAGCCCGAACUACUCGAGCCCCCAAACCACCCCGGUCCACCUAAUCAAAAUAAGCAACCUAAACGGCAACCUGACGCAGAAAAAAUCCCUGAUAUCGGCAGUUUGCGACGCGGUGGACCAAAUAAUGCAGCACUUCUCUCCGGCAUCGAACCAGCAAGAGCUGAACGCCCUGGGCGACUCCAGCGCCAACCCCAGCUGCGCCAAGCUGGCGCUCACGACUUUGUGCCCCGCUUUGUACGCCGUACUAAGUGACGGACUGAAGCCCAGUCUCGAGACUAGCUUCGGCGCCAUCGGCAACUCCGUGUGGCAGGUGGUGGAGGCCUCGGCCCAGCAAGGGCCGCUAACGAAGGCCCUCAACGAGUUGGUGAUGAGAAUCAACGGAGAAGACGUGAUAACCGAGGGCUUGGUCAAAUUCAACGCCUUCGUGUUCGGUCUGUUGAACGUUAGAUCCCUCGAUGCCUGGGCCAGCUAUCUUAGAACGCGGGAGAGCGUGCUGAGAAAACAUUACACUGGAGAUUCGUUGUUGUUGCUCAGUAAUACGGGCGGUCCGAAUGUCAGAUCGAUUCUGGAUGCAAUGAUUGCCGCAUUGAGGCCUUUAGCCUUUCUGCCUUUCCAGCUGGAUCUGUUGUUUGAGUACAGAGAGCUGCAUAUGAGCUUCAAGAGAAUGGAUUCUUAUCAUCAGCUAAUGAGUCCCACCCAUAAGCAUUCUUGCUCACCAAACUUCAAACAAUUCAACUCGGCAAAGUUGGGCUUAUCUUCCAACAGCACCAAAUCAAAUUCGGAUACCGACGAAAUAUCCACGGCCACCACAGUGAGGAAUUACUACGAAGAAAUGCCGGAUUUGGUGAGUUCGUCGCAGAAAGUCAAAAAGGAACGUCCAAGAUCCUGCGUCGAAUCUGGACAACAAAUCAGCUUCAAACUGGGCGAAGACGUGACUAGUAUUGGCAUAGAUAAAAAGAGAUGGUCCGGCAUAGCACUGAACAGCAAGUUGUACCAAGCUUACGAUCGCCUAGCGAACGAGGAGGAAUACACGGACAGUCUAGAAACACCAAACUCGCCGAAAAAAGAUGAAAAAACCUUCGCGAACGUGCUAGAACACGAACAACAACCGGAAUCCCUGGACUCGAACUUCUCAGACGAAAAACCGCUGAACGGGAGGCGUUUCAAAAAGUUGCAGCAAAAAUGGGAGAUGCUCAGCGGUAAGGAGUCUCCUCCUUUAUCUCCGACAAGCACACCAAGUAAAUCCAGGAUACCACGGUUGAUACCUUCACCUGUCAAAUCAGGAAUACCAAUAUUGAAGAAGGUUACCACUCCACCAGGUUCAUCGAAGAAUGCACCAUUGACGAGGAUUACUGCCGUGAAGAGUUCACCUGCUAAGAAAACUGGCCAAAGGACUAGCAGAGUAGAUCAGCUGGAUAACCCGGUGGAUACACCGAGGAACGUUUCAAGGCCAAGUAGUCUACCUUACAAAGCAACGCCGCAAAAUGGUAAAAGCCCCAAAAUAACGCCUCCAAGGAGGGCAGCGUCGAGUUCUUUGAACAGGAAACCUGUUGGACGUACCGCUACACCCAAAGUGGUGCGAACAUUAUCCCACAGACUGCCCUCGGAGAGCGGCCAUCUUUCCUACAACAAAGGUGAAAAUCUUAAGGUCGUUUUGGAGGUGGACGAAAAGUGGCUUUUGUGCUGUCGCGGCACGCAAAAAGGUUUGGUACCGAAGUCGGCGGUGAUAGCCGAGAACGCGCGAUUUUGAGUCAGAGUCUAUGAGUAAGAUUUGUACAUAGAAAUAAUCAACCAAAAAUGACCGGUGACUUUGGGUUAUAUCUUGCGGGGAUGCAACUUAAAAUCACCGGUCGAAAUAAUAUUAUUAAAAAUGCUUUUUGAAUUGUAAAUUCUUUUAUACAGACUGGAAUUGUGAUUGUAUGAAUAUUAUUAAUAAUAAGGGUGUAUUGUUAUACGUAUUGUUGCUGCUUUUUAUUGUUGUUCUAAGCAAAUAUAUUGGGGUCGUUCCAUUUCAAAUCGUCCAAUUAAAAAAACGCGUUAAAGUUCACAAAUCAUUAAAUAAAAGUCGUAUUUUUUAUUUUUUACGCAAUUCAAAAACUUUUCGAAAAUUACUCAAAAAAUCGUUUGGUGCUUCGCAUUUUUAAUAUAAUUUUUUUGAGUACGGCCAUUUCAAGCGAGAAAACGCACGAAUUACAAAACUGUUUUUAUAAAAAAAAUUGUAGAUAAUUUAUUAUAUAUUUAUAUUUAUUAAUAUUUUGGCAUCAAAAUUGUCAAAAAUAUUCUUCUUUUAUUAGGCUAUACAUUAAAUUAAAAAAACGCAAGAAAUAUUUUAUAAAAGUAGAGAUAAUUUUAAUAAUUGCAAGGUGUGGGCAGGUCAAAAAAAGAUUUA